CGGAGCGCCGGGGCCAUGCAUCCCCCGGCCGGCCCCGCGGCCUCCCCCGGCCCCGCCGCCCCCCCGGCGGGGGCCGAGCUGCUGCGGUGGCAGUGGCAGGAGGUGCAGGUGCCGUGCCUGGUGGCCGCCUGGAUCCUGGUGGCCAGCCUGGCCAAGAUCGUUUUCCACCUGUCCAGGAAGGUGACGUCCAUCGUCCCAGAGAGCUGCCUCCUCAUCCUGCUGGGGCUGGGCCUGGGGGGCAUCGUGUUGGCCGUGGCCAAGAAAGCCAAGUACCAGCUGGAGCCCAACAUGUUCUUCCUCUUCCUCCUGCCCCCCAUCGUCCUCGACUCGGGCUACUUCAUGCCCAGCCGGCUGUUCUUCGACAACAUUGGCGCCAUCCUCACCUACGCGGUGGUGGGCACGCUCUGGAACUCCUUCACCACCGGCACCGCGCUCUGGGGGCUGCACCAGGCCGGGCUCAUGGAUCCAGGCGUCGAAGCCGGGCUGAUGGAUUUCCUGCUCUUCGGCAGUCUCAUCUCAGCUGUGGACCCGGUGGCAGUGCUGGCCGUUUUUGAAGAGGUCCAUGUGAACGAGACCCUCUUCAUCAUCGUGUUCGGCGAAUCCCUCCUGAACGAUGCUGUCACCGUGGUGCUGUACAAGGUCUUCAACUCUUUCGUGGAACUGGGCCCGGCGCACAUCCAUGCCAUGGACUACGUGAAGGGGGUAGCCUCCUUCUUCCUGGUGAGCCUGGGGGGCACGGCCGUGGGGCUGCUCUUCGCCUUCCUCCUGGCCCUGAUCACGCGGUUCACCAAGCGCGUGCGCAUCAUUGAGCCGCUCUUCGUUUUCCUCCUGGCCUACGUCGCGUACCUGGCUGCUGAGAUGGUGUCGCUCUCCGCCAUCCUGGCAGUCACGUUCUGUGGGAUCUGCUGUAAGAAGUACGUGGAAGCCAACAUCUCCCAGAAGUCCCGCACCACGGUCAAGUACACCAUGAAGACGCUGGCCAGCAGCUCAGAGACCAUCAUCUUCAUGUUUCUGGGCAUGUCGGCUGUGGACACCUCCAAGUGGGCGUGGGACACGGCGCUGGUGCUGGGCACCCUGUUAUUUAUCCUGCUCUUCAGAGCUGUGGGUGUUGUCCUCCAGACCUACGUGCUCAACCGCUUCCGCCUCAUCCCCCUGGACAGGAUCGACCAGGUGGUCAUGUCAUACGGCGGCCUCCGUGGAGCCGUCGCCUUCGCCCUGGUCAUCCUGCUGGACAGGGACAAGGUGAAAGCCAAGGACUACUUUGUGGCAACGACCAUCGUGGUGGUGUUCUUCACGGUCAUCGUGCAGGGCCUCACCAUCAAGCCUCUGGUGACGUGGCUGAAGGUGAAGCGCAGUGACCACCACAAGCCCACGCUGAACGAGGAGCUGCACGAGCACGCCUUUGACCACAUCCUGGCGGCGGUGGAGGACAUCGUGGGACACCAUGGCUACCAUUACUGGCGGGACAAGUGGGAGCAGUUCGACAAGAAGUACCUGAGCCAGCUCCUGAUGAGGAAAUCUGCCUACAGGCUGCGGGACGAGAUCUGGGACGUCUACUACAAGCUGAACAUCCGCGAUGCCAUCAGCUUCGUGGACCAGGGUGGCCACGUGCUGUCGGCCGCCAAGCUGGCGCUGCCCUCCAUGCCCAGCCGCACGUCCAUGUCGGAGUCGUCGGUCACAAACCUGCUGAGGGAGAGCGGGAGCGGCGCGUGCCUGGACCUGCAGGUGAUCGACACGGUGCGCAGCCGGCGGGACAAGGAGGACGCCGCCAUGCACCACGUGCUGCGAGGGAGCCUCUACAAGCCCCGCAGGCGGUACAAGGCCAGCUACAGCCGUCACUUCAUCUCUCCAGAUAAACAAGAGCGCCAAGAUAAAGAAAUCUUCCGGCAGAACAUGAAGAGGCGCCUGGAGACCUUCAAGUCCACCAAGCACAACAUCUGCUCCUCCAAGAGCAAAGCCAGGCUGAAGGAAAAGGGCAGGAAGAAGAAGGAUGUCUCUCUGACCAGCGACGCACCCAACGGGAGGACGCACAGAAGUGUCCCCUGGCAGGAGGCAGCUCCUGUGCUGGUGAUGGUCAGCUCCGAGGAGGAGGAGAGCGAUAGCUCGGAGACGGAGAGAGAGGACGAUGAAGGGAUCGUGUUCAUCGCUCGAGCCACCGAUGAGGUCCUGCAGGGAAAGGCCACCCCUGGCAGCCUGGACGUCUGCCCCAGCCCCUGCAUCAUCCCGCCAUCGCCCACCUUGGCAGAGAAGGAGCUGCCGUGGAAAGGAGACCAGGCUGACCUGGCUGUUUACGUCUCCUCGGAGACCACCAAAAUCGUGCCAGUGGAUAUGCAGAAAGCGUGGAACCAAAGCAUCUCCUCCCUGGAGAGCAUCGCCUCCCCACCGGGCAUCGAGACGGGACCGCUGCACAGGCGAUUCGCCUGCCCCGUGCUGGAGGAGCAGCCCCAGUCGGCGAGCCAGGCGGUGCCGGAGCAGAUCUCCUGCUUCCAGUUCCCCAGCCACGUCUCUAAGAGCGGCAGGUCGCUGAGCGACAGCAGCCCGGACGGCGUGGAGCAGCAGGAGCUGCAGCCUUUGAUGGCCUCGGAGGAGCAGGGCAGGGCGCUGCCCCCCGCCGAGCCCCGGCGGCUCAUGUUCAGCAGAGCCAGCCACAUCUGAGCCGUGUCACGGACGGGGCAGGGGCUGGAGGCAGGCUGCGACCCGCCGACCGCUCUGCCGUCUCGCUUCGUCAAGCUUGUGUGUGUCUCCUCCAACUCCAGGAGCGGCUGGAGAGCCCGGUGCUCCUGGCGCUGCACUCACCUACUGAUGGUAGAGAAAUGGGCUCGAUGCUGCCGUAGCAGGUACCAGCCUCAUCCUCCCAGGGAGGCACAGACCCCCAGACCUCGCUCUUCCUCUCUGGUCUUCCUCUCGCAUCUUCGCAGUGCUGGGAGGCCAGAGAUGUUCCUCCCAGAGGUGGGAUCCCAGCCGGACUUGACGCCGUUGCGGCUGUGCCACCUGGGGGUGUGGGGGUCCUGGCUGGGGGGCUGCUCGUGGGUGCGAGCACCUGAGCCUGGCUCUGUGUAGGAGGCUGGUGCUCGACAGCCCACCCACACCCAGCACCGAGCGGCCGAUUGCUCAGAGCAUGCACGGACCUCAGCUGGGAGACCAGGGACCGAGUCCUUUCCAGGGCAGCUGUGUCUCGCCUGGGUUUUGGGGGCACCGUGGAGGCAAAGCCAUGACUUUCUCAGGACUAGGAGCAGCGCUCCUGGGGUUUGGCUCCACCGGGAGCCAGGCUGCGUACGCACAGGAACUAUUCUAGCACCCAGCCGGCUGUGCCAGCCUCACACCUCUUGUCUGGAUGUGCUCCCCGUAGCUGCCGUGUUCAGCUUUCUGGCUUUGUGGGGAGGCAGCAGCCCUGCACAGCAUCCUCGGUGUUCAUCCUGCCUGCAUCCCAGUCCCCCUGGGGCUGGUCAGCUGGGAGGGCUGGUCACGACACGAGGGAGUGAGCAGCGGGUGUUGCUAGAGAGCUGGGCGAAAGCUGAGUGCAUCUUCAAAGGUCUGUCCCCAUCACCUGCCUCCCAGCCACCCCGGGUCCCUCCUGAGAGGGAGGUGGGAUCGGGCAGCCCGUGCAGUGAUCCUUUCCUGCUGUGACCCCACGGUACAAGAAUCAGACCCCGAGAACUGCUCGGAGCUCAGCAGGGCAGCCGGGCGCAGGAGACCCCACGGUCCAGGCAGUGUGGGAGGGUUGGGGACGUCCUCUUUGGGCAGAACGGUGCUUUGGGCUGUUAAAAGCCAAAAGCAAGCAAAUAACCGUGCGAUCAUCCACCUGGGGUGCUGAGACAGCAGGUGCCAAGGGGGUGUUUAGAUGCACUGGGUGAAUGAGCCCAGCGAAGGGCGGGCAAGAUGGUGUAGCUCAGGUGCUGCUAGCAAGGCCCAGCGAAGGCCAUUCUGCUCAGUACCCGUCCUACCAGCUGGAGCAUGAGGUUUUUAAAAGGAUUUUAUAUAGUUUUGCAUUUCUUGUAUGCCUUAUUCCUGUUUUGAUUUCUGAUAUCAGGCCAUACUAAAUCUCUAGCUGGGUCAGUGUUUUAUGUAGCCAUGGGCACCACAAACGACUCGAGACUUAAUAUCUUAUUUGCAAGAAUAUUGUUUUAAUGUGAAAAUAUAUGCAGAGUAUUUUGUAAUGUUCAAUAAAUCAGAGUUGGAGCAGGU